AUGGCUAGCUAUGAGCAAAGAUUGACUCAAAUAAGACAGAAUCUGGAGUGUACUCAGGCCAAUUUGAUAGUUAAUCCUUUCAAUCAAGUGUUGAUAGAACAGGAAAAACAGACUCUGCAGGAAAUAGAGAAAUGGAGUAUCAUAGAGGAGAGAAUACUAAGGCAGAAGGCUAAAGUAACCUGGAUUGAUUAUGGGGAUUCAAACUCCAAAUAUUUCUAUGCACAACUGAAGAUUAGAGCAAGCGAGAACAAAAUUACUACUGUGUAUAAUGAUUUGGGAGUUAAGAUCACUGACCCUAAAGCUGUAGAAAAAGAAUUCACAUGUUUUUUCAAACAACUUAUAGGAAAAGCUACUGGAAUAAAGCCAUGUCCUAAUACUAGAUUCAUCAAAGCAGGAGAAUGCCUAUCAAUACAACAACAGCAGGAACUAAUACAGGACAUAACAUAUGCAGAAGCAGAUGAAGCAGUGAAAGACAUGCCAAAUGAUAAAGACCUUUAUGUGGACUGGUUCAACAGAUUGCUGAAGGAAAGCUUUGAUUGCAUGGGACAAGAUAUGUCAACCUAG